UGUGAAAUUCAAUACCAUAAUGAAGCCAAAACCAUGUUUAUGGGUGUUCCAAAUUCAGAAUUAACACACCAGAAACAACUACAAACUGCUGAGAUCAAGCAAGCUGAAAAUCUCGUCAAAGUAAACAGCUCCAGGCAAAUCCAUGAUGAUGGUUCUUCAAAUAGUGAUUUAUGCCUCAUGCCAGCAAAGGAAGUGGAACAAGUGUCUCAACUUGAUUUGCCAUCAAGUAGAACCAGUGGGUCUGUAUCUGUUGGAACUAAUGUAACUACUUUAACCGGAAACCGUCUUACCAUCAAGAGUGGAACCAAAGAAGUGGUGGUGGUUUUUAUGAAUUCUUCACAAUCUGUCAGUGGGUGUGGAGGACAAACAACUGAAAAUGAUCAAGAACAUGAAAUUCGUGCAACAACAAAGUCAGUUCCAGCUGCAUCAACAACAACAGCACCUAACACUGUCGAUGGGCGAUUUCUUCUUUCCAACAGACAAGAAAUGCCACUGCAUUCUACAUGUCAUACUACAGAGAAUGAAGCCAGUAUCAUUAAUGAAAGUAUUUCCUGUGAAAAUAAUUCCACUUUUAAAAUCAGAGAUGCAAGUGGAGAUCAGGCGAAUGAUGAUAGUUAUCAUCAUUCCUUUCAGAAACUUGAGCGACCCAUGCCUAUAAUACUCCAUGCGCACAGACCACUUUUAAGUGCUACUAUCAAUGGACCACAAACAAGUAUGGCAGUUGGUGCAAAUGGUGCAGUACUGGAACAAAACACAAUCUCAUCUGAUGAAAAUGCAGUUGACAAUAGAAGGGAUCUUGUUCCAAUCAGAGAGAGUUCUGCUCAAGGUUUUUCAAGAAACUUUAAUACCAGUGAUGCAUGCAAUGGUAGCACCGAGUACCAGAAUAGUGGACUACAGAUGCAGUUUCCUUCUUUGGUACAGUCAUCUGCUUACAGAGAAGAUGCAGGUGUAAAUGCAAGAACUUUGCUGUUUGAAGAUCCAGCAGCCUACCAGUAUGGACGAGAUCAAUUAAGCUCUGAUGAAAACCCUGUGUCUGAAGCUCAUUUCCAAACACAAAUGCCUUUAAUGGGACAGCAUAGCCUUUAUGGAAGACUACCAUCAUAUGGACAACAUACAUUACGUAACCCAUACAGAGAUGAAUUCAGUGACAUAGCACGUGAGCCUGCAUAUCAUGUACAUAGAGAGCCCAUUGGAGUUCUUCGUUGUCGAAGGUUUGGGUCAAGUUACAGUGGGCAGUAUGCCUAUCCUCUUCCUCUGCGAAAUCCUGAGAGAGCUCAUAGAAGAUCUUUCCUAGAUAUGAGACCACACAUUUAUCAUCGAACAGCAUAUCCAGAACAACCUUUUUAUGGCUAUGUUGAUGGUGGAAAUAUGUUUUUUAUGAAUAGAUACUAAAAUAAUUUUCCACUCGGGAA